CCCGCUCGGAGGCCCGCCCGGCCCCGUUGCUAUGGCUGCGCUGGGUGGUGUCCGGUAAUGGCGGCGGCGGGAGCAGCGUGGGGGCCGUGAAGCUGUCUGGCGCGUCGAGCCAUGGUGCUGGUCACUGAAGAACUUCUUAGACAACGUGCAGAGCAUAACAACCGUGAACUUUUUUCACUGGAAGAAAUCUCCUUGCACCAGCAGGAAAUAGAAAAACUAGAAUACAUUGACAAAUUGUGUCGAGAUUUAAAAAUCCUCUAUCUUCAAAAUAACCUGAUUCCAAAAAUAGAAAAUGUAAGCAAACUAAAGAAGCUUGAAUAUUUAAAUUUAGCUUUGAACAACAUUGAAAGAAUUGAAAAUUUGGAAGGAUGUGAAGAACUGAAGAAACUUGAUCUGACAGCAAAUUUCAUUGGAGAACUGUCCAGUAUUGAAAUCCUAAAACACAACAUACAUCUUAAAGAACUCUUUCUGGUGGGGAAUCCAUGCACUGAGUUUGAGGGUUACAGACAGUUUGUGGUGGCAACUCUUCAUCAAUUAAAAUGGUUGGAUAGUAAAGAAAUAGAACGUUCCGAGAGGAUUCAGGCAUUGCAGAACUAUCGACAGGUAGAGAAGCAAAUUAGAGACCAGGAACAGGUUUACCUUCUCAAAAGGGCCAGAGAAAAAGAAGAGGCCCUAAAAAAAAUACAAGAAAAGCAGGAGAAGAAGAAAGAAAAACAAAUAAAACCUAAACCUGGAUUUGACGGACGUUGGUACACAGACAUCAACAACAUCAACCCAGAUCCUCUAGAAGACAAAGAAAACCACCAGCAGAAAGAAACAGAAAAGGAAUACCAAGAAUGGAAAAUAGAUACAGAUGAUGAAGAGGACAGAGCUUUUUGGGAGGAGCCCACACCUUAUACUCCAGAGUCUAGAUUAGAAGCUCACAGACAUCUUGAAGAAAAACGGAGAGUUAAAGAAAAUAUUAGAGGGCAAAAAGUGAAAGAGAAGCCACCUAGGACUUUGAUCACUGCAGAAGGAAAAGUUCUGAAUAUGAAUGAGCCAAAGCUUCAUUUCUUUUUGAAAGAUGAUGAAGAAAACAACCAGUUCAUCCUGGAUCUUGCUGUUUAUAGACAUCUGGACAGCUCUCUAAUUGAUGUUGAUGUCCAGCCAACUUAUCUCCGCGUAAUGGUGAAGGAUAAGCCAUUUCAACUUGUGCUUCCUGCAGAGGUGAAGCCAGAUAGCAGCUCUGCUAAAAGAUCUCAGACAACUGGACAUUUAGUUAUCAGCAUGCCAAAGGUUCAAGAAAUAAUUAUGGCUAACCGAAAAACACCCACUUUGGUCAAACCUUCUGACAGCAACAAACUGCAGACAAAUAUAAAAAGGGAACGAGUUGAGAAACUAGAAGUGGAUCCCAGCAAAUAUUCAUUCCCUGAUGUGGCAAACAUAAUCCAAGAAAAGGAGCGAAUUGGGCAAGGACCUAUUAAUCUGCAGCAACAAAAGAGAAGCAGCAAAGAAAGUCCAUCAGUCGGCUAUGAAGCAUAUAACCCUUCUGGAUCUGGAUCCAGGAUCUGUUACUCAGCCAUCAGCAUGCAGAGGCACACCCAGCAAAGUUAAGUGAAUGCUCUCCCAAGCCGCUCAUUAACUGCAUACAAGGAAACCCCAGCAAAUCCCCCGCAGCCCCGGUCUUGCACCCCAGUGCGUCUUACCCUGCUCAAGACCUUCUUGAUCAAUGCAAGCUCAUUAAUUAGUUCGCCACUCCUUCAAAGGGUAGUGGACAUGCACCAGCCUCUGUAAUCUGAGCAGAUCCCCUCUCCAAGCACUUUAAUCUAAACCAAUUAGUUUGUCUAAACCUCAAAAUAAGUUUAUUAACUAGAGAAAGAUAGAUUUUACAUGAUUAUAAGUGGUAGGCAUAAAGGUCAGAGUUGGUUACAUAAGAAAUAAAGCAAACACUCAUUCUAAAUCCUAAACUUUAUCAGGCUAAGCAAGAUCUGAAUCAACCAGUUUCUUUCAUCUUACUGGACGUUGCAGACACUUUUCAGUUCAGUUUAUACUAACUAGAAAGCAUUCUAGUUAGGAUCAUCCCUUCACCCCAGUUCAAGGAGACUUCUGUUUGUCUUCCAAACUAUCUUGCUUCCAGGUGGGGAGGAGAGAGAGGCCCUGUGGUGAUGUCACUGUCCCUCAUUUAUACUUUUUACCAGGUGCUGGAAAAAUCCAUGCUGUGUCAUGGGCUUAGACAGUACCCAGGGUAUAUGUGAGCUGCUGACCAUCCUUCAUUAUGAAUGGUAAAUUUUUGCUUGUAGCUUUUGUCUACAUGAGGUUUGGCAUGUAAGGUCUCUGUGUUCGCAGUUUCUUCGUCCUCUCUGAGGGGCUAGUCUGUGGGCAUUUCCUAGACUCACAACAUGUUUCAAUAACUGUGACAUUCUAUACCUGGGGGAAUGUCCUGUAACCCCCAUAUUCCUCAUUUUCAUAUAAUCAUGGUCUUACAUAUAAAG